AUGCAUGACGAAACCCAAUCCGUCCUCAAUCGCAAGAAAUCAAAACUCAUAUAUAUUCUGGAUAUCUCCGUCUUAAACGACUACGACCUGUUUCCGACAUGGAUAUCCGUGCCAUAUCUCACGAAUCGCGUUUAUUCGCUAUGGGGGCGCCUCGGAUUCCACUGGAGCUUCUAUGCCCUGCUUGAACGCUUUCUCCGCUAUGGGCCCGUGGACGAAAAGAAGAAAAAGCCCAAUCCGGAUCUUAUCGGGAAUCAAAUUUCCGACGAAAUCGAAUACCCCCUUUUUAGAAGGGAGAGUUUGAAUUUCGACGAUCGCGAUAUAACCGUCGAGAUCCUUACUCUUGAUUUCCAGUCAGCCGAGCCUAUGCUUCCAUUUCCCCCAGACAAUAUUAGCUACAACGCAUGGCAAGGUCAACAUUUCCGCGACUUGAUCUUUGACGAAACCGAUAAUCCGAUCGAGCUCGAGAGGUAUCGGACGCGACCAGAGUGGCUCGCGAAAUAUCUUUUGUCGCAGAUUCAUGGUCUUCUGACUAUGUCUUACCACUUUGCGUCGUAUGGGAAAAUUCUCUAUGAGCGGGUUGGAACCAUCCGUAUCCUCUCGCCAGAAGGAGUGACUGAAAUCGACCUCGCCACUGAACUAGCUGCGCUACGCUUUACUAACCAGCAAGACACCUUUGGCGAUGUGUGGCAUACAGACCGCCUUUCUACGUUCUGGAAGUGGAAAAAGCAGACGCUGGUUCGUAGACAGGAGCUAGGCUUUCCGGUUUUGUGGCCUCAGGAUCCGGAAUUGGAAGGUUUGAUGUGA